AUGCCAGAUCAGCAGCAAGAGAACCAUCUAUUGAGAAGAGUGUUGGAUCAGCAGCAAGAAAACCAUCUAGAGAGAAGAGUGUUGGAUCAGCAGCAAGAGAAACAUCGAUUGAGAAGAGUGUUGGAUCAGCAGCAAGAUAACCAUCUAGUGAGAAGAGUGUUGAAUCAGCAGCAACAAACCCAUCUAUUGAGAAGAGUGUUGAAACAGCAGCAAAAGAACCAUCUAGUGAGAAGAGUGUUGGAUCACCAGCAUCAAAAGCAUCUUGUGAGAAGAGUGUUAAAAAGGCAGCAAAAUAACCAUCUAGUGAGACAAAUGUUGGAACAGCAGCAAGGAAACUGUUUUGUGGGAAGAUUGUUGGAUCAGCAGCAAGAGAACCACCUAGUGAGAAGAUUAUUGAAUCAGCAGCAAGAGAAACAUCUAGUGAGAAGAGUGUCAAACCAGAAGCAAGAGAACCACCUAGUGAGAAGAGUGACAUACCAGCAACAAGAGAACCAUCUAGUGAGAAGAGUGUUAAACCAGAAUCAAGAGAACCAUCUAGUGAGAAGAGUGACAGAUCAGCAACAAGAGAACUCAACAAAACUAUCUAGUGAGAAGAAUGCCAGAUCAGCAGCAAGAGAACCAUCUAGUGAGAAGAGUGUUGGAUCAGCAGCAAGAGAACCAUCUAGAGAGAAGAGUGUUGGAUCAGCAGCAAGAGAAACAUCUAUUGAGAAGAGUGUUCGAUCAGCAGCAAGAGAACCAUCUAGUGAGAAGAAUGUUGGAUUAGCAGCAAGAGAACCAUCUAGUGAGAAGAGUGUUGGAUCAGCAGCAAGAGAACCAUCUAGUGAGAAGAGUGUUGGAUCAGCAACAAAAGUACCAUCUACUGAGAGGAAUGUUGGAUCAGCAGCAAUAAAACCACCUAUUGAGAAGAGUGUUGAAACAGCAGCAAGAGAACCAUCUAGUAAAAAGAGUUUUGGAUCAGCAGCAACAAAACCAUCUAAUGAAAAGAGUGUUGGAUCAGCAGCAAGAGAACCAUCUAGUGAGAAGAGUGUUGGAUUAGCAGCAAGAGAACCAUCUAGUGAGAAGAAUGUUGGAUUAGCAUCAACAAAACCAUCUAGUGAGAAGAGUGUUGGAUCAGCAGCAAGAGAACCAUCUAGUGAGAAGAGUGUUGUAUCAGCAGCAAGAGCAGUAAUUAGUGAGAUAUUUUUUUGAUCAGCAGCAACAAA